AUGGGAAACAGGAAGAAGGAAAUUGCCCUGCAGGUCAACAUCAACACGCAGGAGCUUUGGGAGGAGAUGCUCGGCUCUAAAGGACUGACUGUUGUGGAUGUCUACCAGGGCUGGUGUGGACCCUGCAAACCCAUGGUUAGCCUCUUCCAGAAGAUGAGGAUCGAGGUCGGCUUGGACCAUCUCCAUUUUGCUUCGGCAGAGGCAGACCGCCUUGAUGUUCUGGAAAAGUACCGAGGGAAGUGCGAGCCAACCUUUCUGUUUUAUGCAAGAGGAGAGCUGGUGGCUGUGGUGAAGGGAGCCAACCCCACCCUGCUUCAGAAGACCAUCUUACAGCAGCUGGAAAAGAAGGUUCUGGCUGAAGGCCGGGAAUGGAGCAUGGUUACUGAUGAGGAACUUCUGGGUGCACUCAAGUGGCCUCCCCGCAGAAAGGACGGUGGCGAAGAUGGGGACAUAGCGUCAUCAGGAAAGACCUGUACAUUGGGCAUCAUUAAGCCAGAUGCAGUGGCCCAUGGGAAGGCUGAGGAAAUCAUCAUGAAGAUCCAGGAAGCAGGAUUUGACAUACUAUUAAAGGAAGAGAGAACCCUGACAGAGGCAGAAACGCAAGCGUUCUAUCAACACAGAGCCAGCGAGGAGGCAUUUGAGAAGCUAGUGCAUCACAUGUGCAGCGGACCCAGCCACCUCCUGAUCCUCACCAAGACCGAGGGCACCGAGGAUGUAGUCACCACUUGGCGAACCUUCCUGGGACCUUGUGACCCUAAUGUGGCCAGGAGGGAACAUCCCGAAAGUCUCCGGGCUCAGUACGGCACAGAAAUGCCUUUUAAUGCUGUGCAUGGAAGCUGGGACAGAGAGGAGGCCAACAGGGAGCUGGCUCUGUUCUUCCCCAGUUUCAAGUUCUCAGAUAAAGACAUGGAAGCUCCACAGGGUCGCAAGGGCAGCCCCUAA